AUGUCGUCCGUAGCAUCGCCAACUACAGUUGUCACGACCACAGUCACCGCGCUGGUCCCUGCAUCGACGGACAGCGAUAGCCCGAUAGUAGUUCCAACACAAGGGAAAAUCCAGCUCCCCUGUCCCGCCAUGGAGGGCGAAACGAGAACAAUUGCACUCUCUGAUGUUGAUGCCAAAUUCGUUAUGCAUUGUGGCAUGAGUUUUGGAGCAAAAGGAGCUCUAGACAUUGUUGCCGUUGUAGUCUAUUCGUACUUGGACUGCCUCAGGGCUUGUGCAUCAUACAAUCGCAACUCAGGGUCGAGAACAUGCGUCGCGGCGACCUUCAACGCGAAUCUGGGUAAUGUUGGCCCAAACAAUGGGAAUUGUUGGCUCAAGAAUGCGACUAGUCCCCGGUCGAUAUCUGAUAAUUCUGCUGUGGGUGGCAUCCUGGAUUGA